AUGUCGACGAUAACUGGCGCUUCUUCCGUUUGUCAAUCUAAGUCCAACGACGCAUUAGUGGUAAGUUCAUCGCGGUUAUUAACCUAGCAAAGAGUUGUAAGUCUGGAAAGCUAAUGAAUAUCAAGGCUACUAUCUCAAAACAAAACUCGAUCCCAGGCGUCUCGAAUGCCGGUAUCUUAGCCGCACCCGGGGAUGAAUCUCACACUGAAAGUGGGGUCAGUAAGGUUGAGGCCUUCAAUAGGGUGCUGUACCAGUCAGGCAAAUCUGGCAAAACAUUGCUCUGGCUGGUGGGCAUCUCAAUUGGGCUGACCAUGUUUGCAUAUGCCCUUGACCAGGGUAUCACCUCUACCAUUUUCACUACCAUGGCCAGUUCAACGUUCGGGAAGCACAGUUCGCUCGCGGCUGUUAGUACCGCUAGUCAGAUCAUCCGGGCUAUUAGCAAGCCCUUUAUCGGCAAGCUGGCAGAUAUUACCUCACGUCCCACUACCUAUGUCGUCGUCCUUAUCUUCUACGUCGUCGGAUUUGCCUUCGCGGCCAGCUCAAGCAACUUUGAGGCCUACACGGUGGGCAUCUGCUUGACCUCGGUUGGCAAAUCUGGGCUCGACCUAUUAAGCGACAUCAUUGUGGGUGAUUUAACACCUUUGCAGUGGCGAGGCUUUUUUGGUGCCGCUCUGUCUAUCCCUUUUGUUAUCACUGUACCUGUCAAUGGCUUUAUUGCUGAAGCUUUUGUUGAUGACUGGCGAUGGGGAUUGGGUAUGUUUGCUAUCCUCGUACCUGUCUUGCUCAUACCGGCCAUUUUCACGCUCUAUGCGAUCCAGCGGCGAGGAGAAGCGAUGGGUAUGGUCACUAUGGCCGGUUCGAAGCAGUCAAGGACUGGGGUGGUAAGCGAGGUGGUAAGCGCUAAGGGGCCUACACCUAUUAAAUCGAAAGGUUUAAAGUACUGGAUAAAACUCUUUCACCAGGGCCUGAUCGAUAUCGAUAUCUUCGGACUCAUUAUUCUUGGAACAUCCUUUUCGUUGAUCCUGCUACCCUUCACCUUAGCAAACGAGGCUCAUGGUGGUUGGGCCAACGCAAGCAUAGUUGCCAUGCUGGUCGUUGGCUUUGUCCUGCUUGUUGCCUUCGUCCUCUUCGAGAUGUUCCUUGCCCCAAAGCCGCUUAUGACAAAGUGCAUCCUCAAAAACAGGACAUUUCUCGCUGCGGGUGUCGUCUACACCUUCAACCAGAUGUCUUCGUCAGUUCGCAAUACCUAUUUCUCCUCUUACAUUUAUAUCAUCAAAGAGUGGUCGACUUACGAAUGGACCAUAUUUCUAGGAACCACAACCAUGGGGCUCAGUAUCAUGGGGCCUAUCGUUGGUCUCAUUCAGAGGAGCACACAUAGAUACAAGUCUAUGAUGGUAUUCGGCGCCGUAGCGAGACUGCUAGCCUAUGGCCUGCUGAUCGAAAGCAACGGCAACAUGGUACAGGACACGGCCCGCCUGGUCUUUGCUCAGUUGAUUUUCUGCCUAGGCUCCUUCAAUGUUGUCGGCGCUCGGGUUGGCAGUCAAGCGUCGGUGCCGCAUGAAGACAUGGCUUCAACCAUCGCUCUCCUCACGUUGUGGUCCACCUUAGGCUCAUCUACCGGCAGUGCCGUCUCUUCGGCUAUUUGGACGAACGAGAUGCUUGAUCGCAUGCGCAAAGAGAUGCCCGGAGUUCAAGAUGCAACAAUUUUAAAGCUUUACGGAAAUAUUAGGUUGCUACGUACUACCUACGAUUUCGAUAGUCCCGUUAGGCAGGGCGCUAUUCGUGCUUAUGCUUCUGUAAACGGCCACAUUGCCAUAACCACCUUGGUCCUAGCUUUCGUGCCGUUGGUUGCUACUUUUUUCAUGCCCGAUUUCUAUUUGGGCAAACAGCAGAAUGCUGUUACAAAUACAGCUCUCGAUGGUGAGGCGGUUGAUAUUCAAUCUAGAAAUCAGGGUGGAAUUUCAACUACCAAUGAGGGAUCGAAGCCCUUCUAUCGCAGGUGGUUCAAUGCUUACUAUAAGGAUACCUAG